AGGCACGAGUAAUUCAAGUUUAAUCUAAAGUUCGUUCAAAUUCUGUGUGAGACUCAAUCUUGAAAAGUCGUCGUGCUAUGAGACUCAAGCUUGAAAUCAGUAGAAGAAUCAAAAGUAUGGGUUGUUCGCAAACUAAGGAAAAGAGCAGCCCUGGUAAGAAAGCGGUGGAAGGCUUGAAAAACAAGGUGAGGCUUCUACAGGGGGAGAUCAAUGAAAUAAUGAGCAUUAGAGAAAGUGAAAAUCAAGCUUACCAGUGCGAGUUGAUGGUUUUCGCAUUUAAACAAGCUGAGUGGAGGAGGGAAAGGAGGAGAUUAAAAGAUGAGGUUAAGAAGUUGAGGAAGAGAUUAGAAGGAAAAAAGGAGAGGUUGAGAUGCACGGAGGAAAGUGUCAUGGUGAAUGAAAAAUAUAAUAAUGAAUGGCUAAUAUUCGACAAAAGUUCCAUUUUAGCGCAUAUCAAGGAGAAACAAGCCAGGCGAGAGGAGACUGUCGAGAAGUGGAAACAGCUAUAUUUUGCAAUCAAGGUUGAGCUUGAUGACCUUAUUCAAAGGACACAUCAAGAAGAAAGACUUUGUUGGAAAGGCAAGGAAGAAGAAAUAUUGUUGGAGAUGGAAGAGGAACUAAGAGCCAAGGAAGAAAAAAUUGAAUUUCUGCAAGCAAAGUUAGAUUCAUUGAAGCAGCAAGAAUGCAAAAGGGAGAGAGAGAUUGACAUACUAAGACAAAGUUUGAGAAUUAUGAGCCACAGGAAGAAGGCAAUUCCAGCUCUGCAUCAAGGUCACAACCGAUAUCAUCCCCAGUAUCGAUCCAGGCCAAAAAUUAUUCCAUGAAUUUACUACAUAUGUAAAACAGCAUAUAUUAAGUGUUAUAUGUGAUUAUAAGAUGUUCAGAUACUUCUGAGGUCCUUUAGGCCAUUCUACAUAUCUAAAAACCUGUUUUUUAAGUACAUCUAUUCAACUUUCUUGUUGAGAUAGCUUAAUGUUAA